AUGGAGUUUGUGUCUGGAUACCGGGAAGAGUUCCUUGAUUUCGCUGCCCUCCUCUUCAGCUGGUUCCGCAAGUUUGUGGCCAAGCGAGGGGCUGUAGGGCCCAACCCAGAGGGUCGCUGGCGCCAGCUGGAGGCUCAGAUCAGGAGGCUGCCCCAGGACCCCGUCCUUUGGGUGCUCCACGUCUUGCCCAACAGUAGUGUGGGCAUCAGCCUGGGGCAAGGGGCAGAGUCAGGCGCUGGGUCAGGCCUAGGAGCUGCCCGUCUCCUUGGGGAAGAGCUCCCACUUCAUUUGAGAGAUCUGACCCCCUAUGUCAGCUUUGUCAGCCUAGAGGAUGGAGAGGAAGGGGAGGAGGAAGAGGAAGAUGAGGAGAAAGCAGAAGUUGAGGGUGCAGGUCUAGGGAAGGUGGAAACAGAGGGGAAUCAAGGGUCAGCCACUACCAGCAGGGAGACUUCCAAAGGGGAACCAGGGGAGACUGGGCAGGAGACAGGAGCUGGUGAGAAUGGCCUCCAAGAGAGCAGGAAAGAAGAUGAAGCAGGAUCUGAUAGGAGGAAGGGACGAAGAGAUGAGGCUGCUCCUCUGCACCUUUCCUGCAUCUUAUUGGUGACAGAUGAACAGGGUACCAUCUUGGGCAUUGACCUCCUAAUGAAUGGGGGCACUAGCCGGGGCUCAGGAACAGAGAACCUUGCUCCUCGGGCCUAUGCUCUCCUCUGCCACAGCAUGGCUUGUCCCAUGGGAGCUGGGGAUCCCCGAAAGCCUCGGCAGCUCACUGUGGGAGACAGCCAGCUGCACGGAGAGCUGGAGAGCCUGCUCCCAAGACUGGGAGUGAAGUUAGCUAAAAGUCCAAUGCGGACAUGGGGUCCCCGGCCAGGCUUUACUCUUGCCUCCCUUCGGGCUCGAACCUGCCAUGUUUGCCAUAAACACAGCUUUGAAGUGAAACUGACACCAUGCCCCCAGUGCAGUGCUGUCUUGUACUGUGGAGAGGCUUGUCUCUUGGCUGACUGGCAGCGGUGCCCAGAUGAUGUGAGCCACCAAUUCUGGUGCCCACGGCUUGCCACCUUCAUGGAGCGGGCAGGAGAGCUGGCAGCUCUGCCUUUUACCUAUACUGAAGAGGUGACCAGUGAAAUUUUCAACAAGGAGGCUUUCUUGGCCUCUUGUGGCCUCACUCGUGGCUACUGGACCCAGAUCAGCAUGCUGAUUCCAGGGCUUGUCGGGCCCAGGCACCCCAGGGACAACACGCUGCCCCCCAGCUUUCUUCUCAAUGGAGAUCCCUACCAGUUUCUCCAGGGGGAUGGGCCCACCUUGAUGCCUCCUGUACCCCUAGAUCCACCCAGGAGUGUCUUUGGUUCAUGGCAGGAUUACUACACGUGGCGGGGCCUCAGCUUGGACUCCCCAGUGGCCGUGCUUCUCACCUACCCACUGACUGUGUACUACGUCAUCACCCACCUGGUGCCCCAGUCCUUCCCUGAGCUGAACAUCCAGAACAAGCAGUCUUUGAAGAUCCAUGUGGUGGAGGCUGGGAAGGAGUUUGAUCUUGUCAUGGUCUUUUGGGAACUUUUGGUCCUGCUUCCCCAUGUGGCCCUGGAACUACAGUUUGUGGGUGAUGACCUGCCCCCUGAGAGUGACCAGGAGCAUUUUACCCUGCAGAGGGAUGGUCCUGACGUAUCUCUCAGGUCUGGUUCUGCAGUGGCCCGGCUCAGCUCUGGGAUGAAGGAGAAAGGGGGCCGCAGAGACCUGCAGAUCAAGGUGUCUGCUCGGCCCUACCACCUGCUUCAGGGUCCCAAGCCUGACUUGGUUAUCGCAAGCUCCUCCUGCUUUCCUCCUCCAGGAUUUAACUCUGGCUUUUGUCUCAAGGACACUUGGCUGAGCUCUCUGCCCCGAUUGCAGUCCCUUCGCGUGCCGGCCUUCUUCACCGAGAGCAGCGAGUACAGCUGCGUGAUGGACAGCCAGGCCAUGGCAGUGGCCACGGGAGGGGACACCAGCCCUCCCCAGCUCAAUCCCUUCCGCUCCCCUUUUCGCCUCAGAGCGGCAGACAACUGCAUGCCCUGGUACUGCAACGCCUUUAUCUUCCACCUAAUCUACAAACCUAUCCAAGGGAGUGGGGUCCGCCAGGCCCCGGGCCCUGCGCCCCCUGUCCCAACCCCGGUGGUCCCCGCCACCCCCGUCCGGAGACGCCGAGCAGAGAAGAAGCCUGGGCGGGGGCCCCGUGGGCGGAGAUGA